AUGGCCUCCGCAGUAAGAUCCCUAGUUCAGACCCUCCGGCGGUACGUGAAGAAGCCGUGGGAAAUCACCGGCCCGUGCGCCGAUCCGGAGUACAGGUUGGCGGUGCCCAAAGCUACCGAGUACCGGGUCUUCUGCCCCGCCACUGUCCCCGAGAAGGCCAUCAUCCCCAACUCCCUUCCCGAGACUGUAUAUGAUAUCAAGUACUACUCCCGCGAUCAGCGCCGCAAUCGCCCACCUAUAAAACGCACCGUUUUGAGGAAGGCUGAUGUGGAGAAGAUGAUGAAGGAGAAAACUUUUGAUACCAGUGAUUUCCCCAGGCCUUAUUUGACUGCGAAAGUUGUCGAGGAUGAUAAUGCAAUUGGUGGGGGCUACCAGAAAUGA